UAGAGGAUGAAGCUCAAGUAGAUCAAAGUCUUUAUCCUAUUGAAUUUUUAAAUACUUUGACAUUAAGUGGAACACCUCCUCAUAAAUUAGUACUUAAAAAAGUAAAAAAUUGUCACCAAAAUGUUAUUAAUGCUGAAAUUCUUACUGGAAUUAAUCAAAGCACAAGAGUUUUUAUACUUCGAAUAAGGCUACAACUAUCUGAUACUAAUCUUCUUUUUACAUUAAUAAGAAGACAAUUUCCUAUUAGAUUAUCUUUUGCAAUAACUAUUAAUAAAGCACAAG